CAUUUCCCGGGAUUCCAUGUUGCCAUUUCCUCCCACCCAAACAGCAUAGCCAAUAGUUCCAAAACACCUCCCCAGAUCUCCCCACAAUUCAAUUGCCGGAAAAUUUCAUUUCCCCGUCGCGCGUCCACUCCUCGCCUAUUUAUCUCCUCCUCAGAAUCCAAAUCCAAUGGCCGACAUCGCGACUCUCCUUUCCAGGUUCGAUUCCGAUCGAAUUCGACUCAGUUUGUUUGCUAAUCGCCGUCGGUUCUUCCUGUAGUUUUGAUGGCUAUUAUCAAAAUUUGACGCAGUUUUGUACUCCAUUAAUAUCGCGGUUCUGUGUAUAAUUUAUCAAUUUUGAUAUCACUUUUGUAAUGCUACCUACUGAGGACCAGAAGAAGAAGAAUUUGAAACGUUCAAGAUCAUUUCCUUGCGGUAUGCCUGUGACAGACACCACCAUUGCUCAAACUCUCGAUGAUCGUAUUCUUUUCCCAGUUGAAGAGAUAGUUCAGUAUCCAUUGCCGGGUUAUGGUGCCCCAACUUCGAUAAAUUUUAGUCCUGAUGGUAGUUUGAUAACAUACUUAUUUAGUCCAGACAACAAUUUGAACAGGAAGGUGUUUGCAUUUGAUGUAAAAUCUUGCAAGCAAGAUCUGUUUUUCAGUCCACCUGAUGGUGGGCUUGACGAGAGUAAUAUAUCGGCAGAAGAGAAGCUCUGGAGAGAAAGGUCAAGGGAGCGCGGGUUGGGAGUUACCCGAUAUGAAUGGGUGAAGAUGAGUGCAAAGAAGAAAAUCAUCAUGGUUCCUUUGCCAGCUGGGGUAUAUUUCCAGGAGUUGUCUGGUUCGUCAGAACUCAGAAUUGAGAGUGCAUCGUUCUCACCAGUUAUUGAUCCGCAUCUUUCCCCCGAUGGCACUAUGCUUGCUUACAUAAGAGAUUAUGAGUUGCAUGUUAUACAUAUAUUGUAUAAUGAUCCAAAACAAUUAACAUUUGGAGCCAAUCGAAGUGCUGUGACUCAUGGGCUUGCUGAAUAUAUAGCUCAGGAGGAGAUGGAUCGGAAGAAUGGAUACUGGUGGUCUCUGGACUGUAGAUUCAUUGCAUUCACAGAAGUUGAUUCAUCUGGUGUUCCUCUUUUUAGGAUCAUGCAUCAAGGUAAAAGCUCUGUUGGUUUGGAGGCACAAGAAGACCAUGCUUAUCCUUUUGCAGGAGCUUCAAAUGUCAAAGUUCGUCUUGGGGUAGUUUCUGUCCGCGGAGGUCCAGUUUCUUGGAUGGACCUCCUUUGUGGAGGAGGGGAUCAAAAUAACAAUGACGAAGAAUAUUUGGCCAGAGUAAAUUGGAUGCAUGGAAAUAUCCUCAUAGCUCAGGUUUUGAACAGGCGCCACACUAAAUUGAAGGUUGUUAAGUUUGAUAUAAGGACAGGUCAAAGAAAAGUUUUAUUGGUGGAAGAACAUGACACCUGGGUGAAUUUACAUGACUGUUUCACACCUUUAGACAAAGGGGUCACCAAAUAUUCAGGGGGGUUUAUAUGGGCUAGUGAAAAAACAGGAUUUAGACAUCUUUAUUUGCAUGAUGCAAAUGGGACUUGCUUAGGACCUAUUACUGAAGGUGAGUGGAUGGUUGAGCAAGUUGCUGGUGUGAAUGAGGCUGCAGGGCUUUUAUACUUCACUGGGACUUUAGAUGGACCUUUGGAAUCUAACCUUUACUGUGCUAAACUGUUCCCCGACUGGAGCCAUCCUCUCCUGGCCCCAUUGAGACUUACUCAUGGCAGGGGAAAACAUGUGGUUGUGCUUGAUCAUCAGAUGAAAAGUUUUGUUGACAUUCACGAUUCCCUGGAUUCUCCUCCUAGGGUUCUACUUUGCUCUUUAAAUGAUGGGAGCUUAAUUGUGCCUCUGUUUGAGCAGCCAUUCACUGUUCCAAGAUUCAAAAGGCUCCAACUGGAGCCUCCUGAGAUUGUUCAAAUACAAGCAAAUGAUGGGGCUAUUUUAUAUGGUGCUCUGUAUAAACCUGACGCAGCAAGAUUUGGACCUCCACCAUACAAAACCCUAAUUAGCGUGUAUGGUGGUCCUAGUGUCCAGCUUGUCUGUGACUCCUGGUUGAAUACAGUUGACAUGAGGGCACAGUAUUUGCGAAGCAAAGGCAUUUUAACAUGGAAGUUAGACAACAGAGGAACUGCUCGACGCGGACUAAAGUUCGAAGGUGCACUUAAACACAAUGUGGGACUAACUGAUGCUGAGGACCAGCUGACUGGAGCUGAAUGGCUCAUAAAACAAGGAUUAGCCAAAGUGGGCCACAUUGGGUUGUAUGGGUGGAGUUAUGGUGGAUAUCUUUCAGCCAUGACCUUGGCCAGGUUUCCCGAUGUUUUCCGGUGUGCGAUCUCCGGUGCCCCGGUCACAUCCUGGGAUGGGUACGACACAUUCUACACUGAGAAGUACAUGGGGUUGCCUUCUGAAAAUCAGGCAGGUUAUGACCGCAGCUCCGUGAUGCACCAUAUACAGAGGAUGAAAGGUAGAUUGUUACUAGUGCAUGGAAUGAUUGACGAAAAUGUGCAUUUUAGGCACACUGCGAGGCUUGUGAAUGCACUUGUGGGAGCCGGGAAGCCUUAUGAACUGCUGAUUUUUCCCAAUGAACGUCACACGCCACGCAAGCUCAGGGACCGAAUAUAUAUGGAAGAGAGGAUCUGGGAUUUCAUAGAGAGGAAUUUGUAAAGAGAUUGUGAUUGUGCUGCUGCUGUUGUUUUUGUAACCUUCUCUUUGUUGUUGGGAUGGAGGAGAUGCCCUGUUGGAUCCCCAUUUUUCUUUCGAGUAAGGAUCGAGUAUUGCCAUUCCCGUCAAUUAUGCCAUAAAAGGGACAUGAUGUGGUUUUUGUGAGUCAGCUGUGUUGUAUCCCAUGCAUCCGAUGCAAUGGAGAAAGGCGGUUUCAUGCUGCAAUGAAGACUCCUCGGCUUUUUGCUAUUUAGAGUUCAGUAAGAUGGGAUUAUGGGGCUCUGUGAAAAUUGAGUUUUUUUUUUUUUGGGUGUAGAAAUUGGGUAAUUGAACGAGUCUGGUUUGAUCUCUGUGGGACAAUGUAGAUCAUAAGUUAAAUGUAUCCAUCUUUUGGUUGUUAGAUCUUAAAAAGAGAAUAAAAAAAAGGGUUCAGACAGGCUUAUUUAUUGUUUAA